AGCCACGGAGCUCGAUGCGACAGGAGCAGGAGAGCCACACCUGAUAGAGCGCGACCUACCUGCCCAAAGCGGAGCGGCAAGAUGGGGAUCUCGGGAUCCAGUCUGCUGGAUGAGAACAAAUCGAAUUUUAUUAAAGGUCGUGCGCAGGAUGAGCUGAAUGCCUUCAGUGCGCUGUACAGGCAGCAGUACUCAGUGGAGUACUGCAACAAGAUACGAGAGGAGAUGGAGGAGAACCAACAGCGCAGGACACAGCUGCUCAAACAACGGGAUCCUCUGAAGGAAGCGGAGGUGCUGUAUGAGGAGCAUGUGUUGUUCUUCGACGAGAGCAGGAAGUGGAGGGAGCGCUACGUGGUGGUGCGAGCCAAUUACAGCCUGGAGUGCCACGAAGGAUAUGAGAGCUUUGUGAAGGGUGUUCCUGCUCGGCAGAAGCUGCUGCCUACAGGGGGAGUGGUGCUCACCACAGAGGAGAAAUAUAUGGCCCUUGUAGACCAGUGCUUUCCUGACGCCAACAAUGUGAAGGAGGACUUUGCUCCCCCGGUGGUGGGCAUGCCAGGCCAGUUCCCCGUCUACCUGCGUCUGCCCUACAGGAGGGACUCCUACUUCUGCUUCAAACAGGAGGCCAGACAGACAGGAUUCAUCGCCAUCCUCAACGACUGCAUACGACAUCAGAGCCAAGACUUCCUGAAGAGAGGCACGGUGGAGGUGAAGGCCUUUGUCAGGGCUUUGAAACUGCACCGCGAGCACAAGGGAUACUAUGAAUCAUGGGAUAUGCUCAUCGGCAGCGACGUGAGGGUGCUGUCCAACAUGCUGAUGGUGGAGCUUCUCCCAGGCCUGGAGAAGGAACUGCUGCCCAAGCUGAAGGCCAAGAAGACGGAGAGGAAGAGGGUGUGGUUCGCCACGGUGGAGGCUGCCUAUAUUCUGCUUCAGGAGAAGCUGCUGUCUGGUCUGGGUGCCCUGAAGGAGGAGUGCAAGACCAGCAGCAGCCAACAGGAGGUGCUGCUGCGCUCAGACAUGGACCACAUCAGCAGCUCCAAGACAUUCCUACAGAACAAACUCACAGCGAUGGUGACGGCCCCGGCGGAGCGUCACUGUGCGGAGCAGGUGGGGCACUACCUGGCCUCGGUGCUGGAGGAGCUGAUGGGUCCUGUGAGCCUGGGGUUCGAGGAGGCGCGCAUACUGGGGGCCAACAUGAUGGAACAGCUGUGCACCGACUUCCAGGAGGGAGCACCCAAAGACGAACUGAAGACGGCAUUGUCCAAGAUGAGCAAGGCUAACCUGCAGUCGUGCUACCAGAGGGUGGGAGAGCUACAGCACCAGCUGAAGGAACUGCAGCAGCGGUUCAACUUCACCAACACCACAGGACUCAUCCACAGUACACAGAUAGACAUACAACAGCUCAUGGAGAACAUGGCUCAUACAUUUGAGCUGCUGCUGCUGAAGGCUCUGGAGGACAACCCUGAGAACUGGCCCCUGUCUAUGGAGAGAGCCAAGAACAGAGUCCUGAAGCAAUAUGACUAUGACAGCAGCACUAUACGGAAGCGCAUCUUCCACCAGGCCCUGAUCGACAUCACCCUGCCAAGCAUGAAGAGGAGCCUGGCCCCCACCGUUAAAGAUGAGUUGCCAAAGUUUGAGGAGUUCAUCUUCAACGACCACAGCCCCUUCAUCACGGUGGAUAAUGUCUAUGAAGACAUCCUGCUGCAGAUCCUGGAACGAGAAGUCUCUAAAGUGGUGAAGGAGGCGGUGAGCAUGAAGAAGUACAACCUGUUCUCGGAGAUGACCAGGGACCACUUCAGCCAGUCUAGCAUCUACUCCCUGCGCACCCCUCCUGGCUCCACGCCCGGCAGCCCCGCGGGGACCCUCCCCAACCGCCAGGCCCAGCCGCCCUCUCCCCUCAUGAGCAACGGCAGCGAGGGCAGCCCCUGCUCCAGCGGACCCUGCAGCCCCCUGGUGGAGAGGGGGCCCAGGGCAGAGGCGGACGCUCAGCCCUCUCCAACAACAGCACCAGUGGUGGUACCAACACCAGUGCCAGCGUCGGUACCAACACCAGUGCCAGCGUCAGCCCAGCCUGAGGUGGCAGUGGUGACGCCGGAGCCGGUCCAGGCGGUCACAGUGGUGGAACCACCUGCAGAGGGAGGGGACAGUGCUAGCCAAAUGGCCUCUGAUGCAGCAGCCGUAUCCGGGGAACAGGUGGCCUCCGAUGCCCCUAGUGCUGUGGAAGAGCCAGCAGAGGUAGUGGCUGCCACUAUUGGUGCUGAUGCUGCUGUGGCUUCCGUUGCCAAGGAGACAGUGGAGGCUGAAGCUCCCUUGAGCCCUGUUGUUCUCUCCGAGACACCGGCUGACCAAAGUCAGGCUGCUGAGGAGAAGACAGCCACAGACGCUGAUGGAGACGAUGCCACCACCAUUGCCACGCAGACGUCGUUUGAUUUCCCAGGUGUGCCUGCAACACUGAGCGCCCCAGUGAUUCAGGCUUCGCCCCAGGCUCCAGGUCCUGAGGCUCCAAAGGAGGGGGAGGUCAUGUCAGAGCCCCCCAGUCAGAUGCUAGUCUCUGGGGAAACCCCUGUACCCGAGUCCCCUGCCCCAACUGAGGCCUGUGUGGAUCUCCCAACUACCGAGGAGCCUGCAGCAAGUGCAGACGGGGACACCGACACAGCCGUGACAACAGUCAAGACCGAUGCUGAGGAGGGAGAUGCGGACCAGCCCGUCGUCACCCAGGAGACAGUUGCCAUGGCAACUAGUGCAGAUGCCACUGAAGGCGAGGACAAGAGCACUGCGGUGGCUAACGGUGAGCCCAUCAGCGCAGACGACGCGGAGAAGGCUGUUGCCCCUGACUCAAGUGACCUCUCCCUGACCUCUGACCCUACAGUUGAGGUGACCCCUGCUCCCAGCCAAGCGCAACCAGAGGUGGACGUGGCGGAGGUUAGUGCUGACCCAGAGACUGUUGCUGUCUCUCCAUGUACGGGCCUCUUGCCACCUGAGGCUCAGCUGGAGCUUGUGGAAGUAGAAGUGAUCGAAGAGUGCGACCUGGAGCCUCAGGCCGCGGAAGUAGAACUGGAGGCGUCUGUAGACGAAGUUCCUGCUGCUGAAACCAGCGAGGCCCCUGCAGCUGAGGUCUCGGAAGUGGAGCUCGCAGUGGAUGACGGCGAGGCUGCCGUUGACCCGAGCGACACUGAAGAGGCGACCAAAGCGCAGGUGGAGGGUGAGGUGGAGGAGAAGUCCGUGGAUGUGGAGCCUAAUGCUGGUGCCGAUGCUAAGGUUGAAGCUGGCACGGCUGACCUUGUAUCAGCUGAAGUGGAGGAGAGCGUGGAUGUGAAUGUGGAGGAGAGCUGUGCAGAGGAGACAGUAGUGGAUGCAGAGGCCGAGGCAGAGAGCACACCUGAGCUCCAGACCACAGACCAACCCACCAUCACAGCAGCGGCGGUGGAAGAACCAUCCGCACAGCAACCAGACACCCAGGCGUCGUCCAGCCCCAAGGCCAGUGCAGAGGUGCCCUCGGAUGGGGAGAGCGGUGACGAGGGUCCCAUGGGCAGUAUAAAGGCGAUCCGUGACCUUAUCGUGGAGGUCAUUGAGGUUGAGGAGCCUGUACAGCACUACCCGAAAAGCCCCACUGCAUGAGAGAGACAACAACAAAAAACAGACUGCUGAACCUACAUAGCCAAGUGUGUCUUCAAAAAACAUGUCCUGCAGAAGUUAUUUAACCAAAACACAAACCCAAGGACUGAGCACUCUUUCUUUGUUAUGGUUGUGGAUAACAAUCCAGCUGUCAAUACGCCUAAUCUCCAUCCGAACUGACAAUGGCUGAUUUAUUAGCCGGCCAAUUGGACUGCCAAUCAAUUCAAUCAAUUCCAAACAUUCAAUGAGCCUUGCAAUGUACGUCCAUCUGGUUUUUUUUUGUAGAAGCUGGUUACCUACGUAUAUGGAGAAAGUUACAUUAUACAUAAUAGGCUAUAUUUUUGCUAAACCAGGUAUAUGGUUUGACUUCUUUGAAAUACAAUAUGCUCUGCAGGAGGUUUGUGUGUCGGUGUGCAUAGUUUGUACUGUAGGUAAGUGUAAUCUUAAAUGGAAAUGUAAUGAAUCUGUAUCAUGUAAUAAUUAUUUAAUGAGUAGGGAUUUAAGAUAGAUAGGCUCUGGAGGAUUGUGUACAGACGGACUAUUAGGAGUUGAAUUGUAAUGCCUUAAUACAUGUUUUCCCCAAAAGCCUGUUGGGUUGUUGUAGCUCAUGUCAUGUUAUGAAGGAAAGUGGCCUUAUUGUCCUUAGAGAACUCAACGCUUCUUAAUGGAUUCAUGUAUAUUCUGUUGAAGUAUGGAUGUUCAACUGAGUGUCAACUGAGUUCUGUUGGGAGAAAAUAUUUAAUGUUACAUUUUUAAGGGAAUGUUACACAUCUGCUGUCACCAAAUGGUUACACUACAUGCUGCAGCUGUUUCUAAGGUGCGAGACUUUUGGUGUGGCCUCUGUUAGGUUUAUGUUUUUACAUUGGUGUUACAUGUUCUCCAGUAUUUAAAGAAUGGCGAGCUUCCAGUUUGUUUAAUGGAUCCACUGUUAGGCGAAAGCCGUACGCAUAUUUUCCGAGAGUUUAGCAUUCCGUUUGCGCUGAUAACAGCAGCAAGUUUGCCGCGGAGAACAUUCACCUGUUUAGGACUGAGAGAGAAAGAUCGAGUAACUUACUCGUUCACUUUCCCCCGUCAUUGAGAUUUUUCACAAUGCACUUGUGGCCACACCCUGGGCUCUCCCGAAUUCCACAAAAGAGGGAGGCGACACUACACACCUGCGCAAACUGGAGGUCGCAAUACCUGCCAUACCAGUUAGACUGCCACGUUUUGUCAUCUGUCACCCAUGUGUCUUCCAGCCAACAAUCUGUUUGUGUGUGUGUGUCUGUGUGUGUGUCUGUGUGUGUGUGUGUGUGUGUGUGUGUGUGUGUGUGUGUGUGUGUGUGUGUGUGUGUGUGUGUAUGUGUGUGUGUGUGUGUGUGUGUUUUUCUCUCUCAAAAUGCUGCCAUUAAACUUCUCAUGGUUCAAAGAUGACGCUAAUAACCUGCUGUUUACACACACACACACACACACACACCUCCAUGAUGCUUGUGUGUGCUGCCCAUGUUAAGCUGGGCGGUGGGAACAAUGCAACACACUACAGUAAUUGCUGUCUGACAAUAGGACAGAACAAUUUGCAUUGCAGUCAUGACUUUAACAGGGACGCUUCCCACAACCCUCCCAUCUGACCUCAACUGAAGGUCACUGUUUACCAUGUACAUCUUGACAAAUAAAGACAGA